AUGGUGAUGAAUAAAAGAUCUAUAUGUGUUGGUUCUCAAAAUCAAAGAAAUCAAUUUGCUGUUACAAAUAUUGUUCAUAUUGAACAAAUAGAUGGUACCCCAGAUUAUUGUUAUACUAUUGAUGAAGUUAAUGUGCAAAAGUGCUCAAAAUUUAUUAAGAAAUUGAUGCAUAAUGAGGCAAUCAAAAAUUAUUAUCCUUUAGUAAUUACAAAUUUUGUUCAAAAUAAAGCUAAGAAAGUGUAUGAAAAUUUAGGUAUAGAGUAUCUUAAAACACAGAAAGUUACAAACAGCAAGUUUAACCUUGUUGGUUUAAUGAAUUUACACUUUAUCGAUCAAUCUAGUUUGAAAGCUAAUAUUACUGAUACUGUAAAAUUUUUAAUUAAAAAAAAUUAUCAAGUAGAAUGA